AGUAUAAGUUCGGUGGGUAUCGGUGCGGCUUGGAUGGAGCCUUGCCCUUGGUUAAAUGACAUAUAGCCUCGGGAAGAAUAACCAUAAUCGGAUUUGAAAAUGGAUCCCUUAUUUAGUGGUAACAUUCAGGUGGUGGAGGCAGAUAUUGAGCCCUUAAAAGCACAUGACAAACUGACAGAUGAGGACUAUGACUGGAAACCCAAAGGCAGCAUGAUCAGUCAGUCUCCAGGUAACAAACCACUACACAACGAGGUGAUAGACAGACAGUAUGGCACAACAACGUCAGUGAGCCCAACAACUAAAUCAUUGAGUCAAGGGAGCAGAAAAUUGCCAGGGGGCAUUGCAAGGUACGAUUCCAGAAACAACAGUGGUAACAGCGAUUAUGAUGUAGUUGAUGAUGAUGAUGAUGCUAUACUGGUCUUCGGUGGAAGUGACCAGCUAGGAGAACAAGGUCGGAUUCCUGCAAGGGAGGAUAGAGACCGUGAAAGGAUAGAAGGAGAAGAUGGAAUUGUUGGUGAUGCUGUUGGCACAGUGAUUGGCGAUGCCGGCUCUGAACACAUAAAGAUUGUGCAUUCACAUGCUGAAGACCGUUUGCGAUGUGGCUGGUUUGGUUAUUCACCUCCAUUUGCUCAGAUAUUCAACAACCGCAAGGGCUAUCUCUUGUUCUUAUGUAUGCUGUCCCUGAUCCAAGGCAUGACUGCAUUUGGGUUAGUGUACGUCAGUAUCACCACACUUGAACAUCGUUUCAACUUGGAUAGCUUCCAGAGUAGCUUCAUUUCCAGUGCCUAUGAUGUCUCUGCUCUCUCUGUCUCUCUUUUCGUCACCUACCUUGGUGAGCGGGGUCAUAAGCCAAGAUGGAUCGGAAUAGGUUCUGUAAUAUUCAGCCUUGGAUCUGUAGUCUUUGCAGUCCCACAUUUCAUGACAGGGCUGUAUGAUGCAGAUGAAUCGCGAGAUCCCCUUUGUCAUGAAUUUUCUGACAAUGUGACGUUAAUGGAUAGUUGCAACAGCUCAGAUGGUGUUGAAUCUGGUUUAGCUGUAUUUUACUGGGUAUUCAUUCUUGCACAAGUACUUCAUGGAAUUGGAGCAUCACCCCUUUACUCACUUGGUGUAACCUAUAUGGAUGAGAAUCUUCAUGCUAAAGAUUUUGGUUUUUACCUGGGUAUCUUUAAUGCUGUGAAUGCAGCUGGACCAGCCAUAGGGUAUGCACUAGGAGGAGUUUAUCUCAGGAUUUACACAGACUUCCAUGUCAUGGACAGUGCAUUAGUAUCUCCUAACAACCCGACUUGGGUAGGGGCUUGGUGGUUGGGAUUUCUCAUCAAUGGCAGCCUUCUAUUUGUUAUCUCUCUUCUCAUGCUUGGCUAUCCUAGAGCAUUACCUGGAUCAAGAGAAAUCGCAAGCAAGAGAAAAAGUGAAGUUCAGCGGGGCCAAGAGUUUGAGUCUGGGCAAGGUUGGAAGAAGCGUCUUCAAGCAUUUCCAAGGGCAGUCCUCAAUCUCAUCACAAAUAUUCCUUUCAUAUGCGUGUGUUUCUUCACCAUAUGUGAAUGGUUCUUUGCCUCAGGACUGUCUGUAUUUGGGCCAAAGUAUUUGGAAUCUCAGCUGAAUAUUAAUUCUAGUGAUGCUGCAUUCUAUACUGGUCUUUUGUCGAUGACUGGGAUGGUGACUGGUGCUUUGAUUGGAGGUUGGGUCAUCAAGAGAUUUGAUCUUAAGUUCAAAGGUCUUAUUGUCUUUGCCAUCAUAUGUACUGUAGGAUGCCUAGGAGCUUCCUGUACCUUCUUGCUGAAGUGUCCCAAUGUCCCCAUGGCCGGUGUGACAGUACCCUACCUGAAUAGCUCGGAAGACCUUGCUUUGCAUCACAAUAUCACAGCAAUGUGUAACAAGGAAUGUAAUUGUGAAAGAAGCUUUGAACCUGUUUGCGGCAGUGAUAAUGUUCUUUACUACUCAGCUUGCCAUGCAGGCUGUUUCGAGCAGUCAGAAAGCAAUAAUGUUUUGCAAUAUGAUGACUGUUCUUGUAUCAGGAACAACUCUGGACCAGGACUUGGAACUGCUAAGCCUGGAAAGUGCUACAUCUUCUGCAGUUCUACUCGCCCCUUCUUUUUAGUCACAUUUCUUCUUCUCACCUUUGCUGGAAUGGUUUUAGUACCUGUAUGGACAGCUACAAUAAGAUGUGUGCCUCAUUCACAGAGAACGUUUGCUUUAGGACUACAGAGUUUAUUGUACAGUGCAUUAGGAACUAUCCCAGGACCAGUAGUUCUUGGACUACUUAUUGACAAAUCCUGCUUGGUCUGGGAGGGAUCCUGUGAUGGCUCCAAGACUUGUUGGCUCUACGAGAACUCGGACCUAUCCCUGGUCUUCUUCCUCAUCACCCUCUUGGCCCAUGUUAUUGGCCUGUUGUUCCUCGUAGGGGCGCUUUUCAGUUAUAGAAAUCCCGAUGGACAAGAUGGAGCUGAUGGAAAGUAUGACAGACUGGAGAAUGAUGGUAUUACUGAUGGUUUAUGAUCAUGUUGUUUUUGUUGUUCAGCUUAUUCUUCUUUGACAAAGUCUUGUUCUUGCUCUUAUUCUGAAGAGUAAAAUCAUUGUGCCAAGGCAAUGUGUUGAGAAGUGCAUACAAUUACAAAGACAGAAUAUGUAAGUAACAGUCUAUUAAAGGACCCUUUCCUCGGCGGGAUAGAAGCAAAAGUCGGGGGUGCGGUUUAUCCAUGGUGAUAGGUCUGAGCCAGAUUCAGCCUGAAAAAAAAAAGCCAAGUCCAUUUUCCGCAUUUCUCCCUGAACGAAGGUUAUUCACAGGGAAAUCGGUUUUGGUUUAUUUGAUAUAGCUAACAUGAUAUUUGAUGUCUGUUAUCAUGACAAGGCUAGAGACAGACUCUAGAAAAUUAUAAUUAGCAGCCCGUCGUAACCCCUUUCUAACAUGUACUGUAGUGCUGCCAGUUCACCACACAUCGGGUUGCAAGGCGUAGCCGCCUAGGGCAAUGUCAAGAGGGGUAUGAGCCGCGAGUAAUGGGAAGAGAUUAUUACGAUCUUAAUCGAAAAUUGUCCAUGAAAGUUUGAUUAUCAAACGCACCUACCUUCAUGAAACUAAUUUUGACUUUAUGAAUAGUGUGACUUUAUUAAGUCAUUGAUUAAAAGCAGCAAAGUUCCUUGGCAAAGACAACAUUCAAACAGACGAGAGGCAUAUUGCCUUUUGUCACAGCCGAGAGUGAGAGCUUGCAUUGUGGUUAUAGUGUGACUUAAGCUGGCGCUAUUCAUUUUACUGUAUCUAUUCAACUGUAGGCAGUUAGAAGAACUCAAAGGGCCCUACUUUUAAUUGAGAAUUAAUUGGCUCUAUGCUUCACAAUGCAUUUUCCUUUUCUUAUCUUUCUUCACCUUCUCAUUUUUCCACGUUCUUGCCUCUUUCCUUUUCUAUUUUUUUAUUUUCCUCUUAUUUUCUUCACUGUUUUAUUUCUCCAUUUUCAUACCUCUUUCUUUUCUAUUUUCCUUUAUUUUCUUUUUCAUUUAUCAAUCUUCUCUUUCUCAUCUCUCCAUAUUCAUACCUCUUUCUUUUUUAUUCUCUUUCUCAUUUCUCCAUGUUCUUGCCUUUUCUUUUUCCUCUGUCUUUUUUAUUUUCUUUUAUUUUCCUUUUCUUCAUACUUCUCUUUCACCUUCCUCAUAAAUUCAAUUUCCCCCUUCUUUCUUCCAUCAUUUUUCUACCUUUUUAAAAUAUUUUCCUUCUAGUAUUUAUUUCCCGCCCCCCCCCCCCCCGAAGUCCUGUUAUGAAGCCAAGCUUAUUUUUUCUUUCCUAUUUGCUUUUCGUAAGAUACCACCACACACAAGAGAGACGGCACAAAGCUGUAAAAAUCAACUGAAAAACAAUGCCAAUUUCUUUGUUUCUUGAACCUCCCUGUAAUCCUGUAUCCAAAAUUUAUGCUAAGACAUUGAAUGCUACACAGAAUUUUGAAAGUGAUAGUGGGGUUGUGAUGUGGGAAUGUGAAUGUUUCUUCCUCUCCUACGCCGCGUAAAACACGGUAGCAUUAUUAAUGAUAUCGUGAUGUACUGAUCUUGUGUACCGUAUCGUAAUUUGCAAUAUACAAGUACGGCAGUGCUCUGUGUGUGGUAACAGCGAGGUGAGUGUGUAAGUGGCCAAUAAUGUCAGAACCUUUCUUGCUAUCAUUUUUAGAUGAAUUGAUCAAGAACAGCAGAUUUUCGUAUAAUCUCUUUUGAUACUUUGAAAUCUUUUAUUUUCAUUUCUUGGUACCCCAAAUGUGCAUGUAAAUGUGAGGAGGAUUAAGAAAGAGAGUGUGAUGACUUUUUUUGUGUGUGUGUUGUGAUUCGUCCAAAGUUGGGGUGCGGUUUAUAGUCUGUUACUUACGAUAACACUUCUUGGAUAAUUCCUAUGAACAGAAUUUUAGGCUUUUAUCAUGAUGCAUGAGCAACAUGCUGGUUAACCCUUUGCUGAUUCUAUUUAUUAGUUAUUGGUUUAAUUGCCGACUUCUAGUGAAAAUAAGUUCAUCAAAAUUGAUUAUAAAAAUGCUGAUUUCAUUGCUUAUUUUGUCCUUCAUAAGUUUAAUAAUAGUCUGCUGUAGAUUUUUUACACAACUUUGAUGCAUUUAUCUGGCCAAAAUACCAUUAUGAGCAAAUGCUAGACAAGUAACUAUUAUGUGCAGUUGCAAUACAAUGCACAUACUUGUGCCAAAUAACUGUGUCACAGAAAUUGCAUCAUAUAUUUUUAUGCACCAUGACAAAAAUGAAAUACCUAUGCUUCUUUUUAUCUCCAGGGUACUGAAUAUUGUCUUUCAAACAUUCUUCAUUUUGUGUUUUACAGGGUUGAAAUAGAAUACAGAAUCUUUAUGCACAAUGGACUCUACUUGAAGUAGUAAAUGUGCCAUGUGUUCAGAAUUGUGUAUUUUCCUUCAGUUUACACAAAUAAAGUUUAGACUUUUCCUUCAGAUCUUUUCUCUGAAUAUAAACUCACAUGGACCUUUAAUUGAAUGAUUCUAAUGAUGCAUAACAUAUGCAUAUGAUUGUCUAUAAAUUUGUACUAUUUAUUGCUAGAAAUGAGAUGUGCAAUCUCUAAUGUGAGUUCAUGGCUACUGUCCUUAUUCAGAACAUGCAUGUGCUCACUGCUCUAUAUUUUUUAAAGAGAUAGUGAACAUGAAGAAAAUUAUGUCAAAUGUACAAUAUGUACGGAGCCUUUAAAGUGCCAUCGACUUGACGACUUGGCGAGAUACUUUAUCUUGCCAUGUCGACAUAAUAACCUUAUUAUGUCGAGAUGGCGAGAUACAUUAUCUCUUCAAGUCGACUUAUAAAAAGUUAUAUGUCGACAUGGCAAGAUACGUUAUUUCGCCAAGUCGACUUAUGAAAGGUUAUAUGUCGACAUGGCGAGAUAAGUUAUCUUGCCAAGUUGACUUAUGAAAAGUUAUAUGUCAAAUUGGCAAGAUAUUUGGACUCUCGUCGGGCCUUGGACACUUCAUAUCUUGCAAUGUUGACAUAUAAUGUUUUGUAAGUCAACUUGGCAAGAUAACGUAUCUCGCCAUGUCGACAUAAUAAGGUUAUUAUGUCGAUAUGGCAAGAUAAAGUAUCUCGUCAAGUCAAUGGCAUUUUAAAGGCUAUGUAAAUAUGCAAAGUGUACAGUACAUAAAAUUUUGAAUCCUAAUAGAGCUGACUGAAAUGUCUCAAAUUUGUCUUUGGAACACUGGUGUACAGAUGGGGAGGGGCAACUCUGCUCCCCCUCCCCCAAGUUCCAUGAACAAGAAAAAAUAAAGUGGAAAAGAA